UUUAGUUUUCUUGAUACUGUUGCUCAGGGACCAACUCCGCUGGCCGCCGCGAAAGCCCAGAGAGCCGGCAAAAUUCAAAUGCAGCUGUUUUCUUAACAACUGCCAAAUUUUCUAUGCUCAGUUCAAGUGAAAAAAUUACUCUUUCAACAAGGAGAAGAAGGGAAGUAAAAUGUUGCACGAGCUCUUACUGGCACUUUUAGGCUUCACCGGAGAUCUCAUCGUCGACGUGAGAGAGCACCAAAAUUCUAUUGGCGUUCGACUAUCUCCCGACGCUUCUAUCUCUGACGAACGUUCCUUCAAGCUUGCUCCUGACAUCAACUUCAUCGACCCCAGCGAUAGGGACCUCAUUGAGAGGAUCAUCGCAUUAGGGUUUUACUACAGAGAGCUUGAUCGCUUUGCGACUAAGUCUCGCAAUUUGAGUUGGAUAAGGUCAGCAAAUGUGUCUCCUUUGGCCAGGGCUACUGAAUUGUCAUCCACUACAACUGGGAAACCAAGUGUAUAUAGAAGGGCCGUUGCUAAUGGCAUUGUUGAGAUACUUUCAGUCUAUAGGUCUGCUGUUCUCCACAUUGAGCAGAAAUUGCUCUCCGAGACUGUGCCUCUCUUGGCCACCAUCACCCAAGGCCUCAAUAAGUUUUUUGUCCUCCUGCCUCCUCUGUAUGAGCUUGUUCUAGAGAUUGAGCGUGAUGAUAUUCGUGGUGGACAACUUCUUAACCUUUUACACAAGAGGUGUCACUGUGGCGUUCCUGAAUUGCAGACUUGCAUUCAAAGGCUUCUUUGGCAUGGGCAUCAAGUGAUGUAUAACCAACUUGCCUCAUGGAUGGUUUAUGGUAUUCUUCAAGAUCAGCAUGGUGAAUUUUUUAUCAGAAGGCAGGAAGACAGGGAGGUGGAACAUAGCUCAUCUCAACCUGAUAUAUCUGAAAAAUUGGCACGCUUGUCAACCGAUGAUAUGUCUUUAACAGAUUGGCACUUGGGAUUUCACAUAUUUUUGGAUAUGCUGCCAGAGUAUAUCCAUAUGCGUGUUGCUGAAUCGGUUCUUUUUGCUGGUAAAGCCAUUAGGGUUCUUCGGAAUCCAAGCCCUGCCUUUCAAUUUAAGGAUCCUGUACAUAAUCAGCAGAUACCUAGAGUUGCCCAGAAAAUUCAUGGAUUUUCUGGACGUUUUCCCUUCCAGAAGGAGCCUAUUGUGGAUGCAAACCUGAUUGGAGAAGAAUUACUUCCACAAUCUGAGGCUGAUAAGAUUGAAACUAUGCUUCAAGGCCUAAAGGAAACAUCAGAAUUUCACAAAAGAUCAUUUGAAUGUGCUGUUGAUUCUAUUCGGGCAAUUGCAGCUAGUCAUCUUUGGCAGCUUGUGGUCGUGCGUGCUGACCUGAAUGGGCACCUGAAGGCCCUCAAAGACUAUUUCCUUUUAGCAAAAGGAGAUUUUUUCCAGUGUUUUUUGGAGGAGAGUCGCCAAUUAAUGCGUUUACCUCCUCGCCAAUCAACUGCAGAAGCUGAUCUCAUGGUCCCAUUUCAGCUGGCAGCCAUAAAGACAAUUGGUGAGGAAGACAAAUACUUUUCUAGAGUAUCCUUGCGGAUGCCUUCAUUUGGAAUCACUGUUAAAUCCUCCCAAGUAGAUUUACCCAAAUCAAAUGUAUAUGCUGAUGCAAAUACUGGUGCUGUGUUACCUAAUGCUUCUUCCGAGAUGUCCCUUGAUGGCUGGGAUGGCAUUGCUCUCGAAUAUGCUGUUGAUUGGCCAUUGCAAUUGUUCUUUACUCAAGAAGUACUUUCUAAGUACCUUAGGGUCUUCCAGUAUUUGCUACGGCUCAAACGAACACAAAUGGAAUUGGAGAAAUCAUGGGCCUCUGUGAUGCAUCAAGAUCACACUGAUUUUUCCAGGCGCCGCAAGGACCGUAACUGCUCGAUAUCUCAGCAGCGACGGCAACGUUUUAGGCCAAUGUGGCGUGUUAGAGAGCAUAUGGCAUUCUUGAUCAGAAAUCUUCAGUUUUAUAUCCAGGUGGAUGUGAUAGAAUCUCAAUGGAAUGUUAUGCAAGCUCAUAUUCAAGACUCCCAUGACUUCACUGAACUUGUGGGCUUCCAUCAGGAGUAUUUAGCUGCUUUAAUUUCACAAUCUUUCUUGGACAUUGGCUCUGUGUCAAGGAUAUUAGACAGCAUCAUGAAACUGUGUCUGCAAUUCUGCUGGAGCAUUGAGAACCAAGAGAACAACCCAAAUACAUCUGAACUGGAUCAUAUAACAGAGGAAUUUAACAAGAAAUCCAACUCCUUGUACACUAUAUUGCGGAGUAGCAGGCUAGCAGGGAGUCAACGAGCUCCAUUCCUUAGGCGAUUUCUUUUGCGUCUAAACUUCAAUUCAUUUUUUGAGGCAACUGCUAGAGGGGUGCUAAAUGUUGUUAGACCUUCUCCAACAAUUCCUGUAUUAAAUCAACAUUAGCAAUGAAGUAUUUAUGAAGUCCAAAUUAGCUCAAUAAUUCUCACUAGUUAUUGCCAUGUGAAAACUGUCGCUGUCAACGGAGUCGAGGAAAAUAAAUAUCUAAAUCUGUUUGGGAACCGCUUCUCAUCUCAAGCAGUUAUCCCUUUGGACUGUUAGGUGAUGCAACUGGAUUUUUGGGUUCAUUUUCAUUAGAAUGAUGUUUUUCUUGGAUCCAUUCUUAUAAAGCGUCUCUGGAAAGUUGGCUGGUUAAGCUUGUGGAUCUACAUUCUUGGUUUGCCUGUUGUUGACUGUCAAUUGGCGAUCCCGUUGGAAAAUGAGAUGGCAUUUUUGGUAGCUGAAUCUACAAUUCACCUCGUUGACUGUGAUGAAGCGGUAUGGGAUGGGAUGGUUGUUAGGUUGCUGGUUUGGUGCUUCUUGGGGUUUAGGUUCUGCAUUUUUGCUGCGUGACUGAAUACGUGCCAUGCAAAGGAUUUUAGGCUGUUUUUGAUGUCUGAUUGGCAUACUUUGUAAAGUCAAAAUGUUUGGUGCUUGUAAUGAAUGUAUUAGCUAAGAAAUAUUUGUAUUGCACAACUAUCUAAUUUUAAGAUUGGCCCAAUUUGUUCAAA